CCUCAGCGCACGAAAAAACACCGAACUUUUCCAACCUUUCCUGAUCGUCCACUGUGGUUCAAAACCUAGCAGCGAUAUAGAACAUUCCUGUUUACAAUAUGGCCAACGCAAAGCAGCAACAGUCCACUGUCCCUGACUACAUCGAUGAGGCGUCACAAUCAUCGCCAAAUGACACCUGGGCAAUCGUUCCACGAUCGCCUACAAGUCUAGAUCAAGGUUGGCAGCAUUUCAGCUACGCAGAUCUCGCGAGAGCUGUGGACAGUUUGGCAUGGUGGCUUGAAAAGAACCUUGGUGUUGCUCAGCAUCAAGGCCAAACUGUUGGCUAUAUGGGUGCAAAUGACUUGCGAUAUUUGGUUGUUCUGGCUGCAACAAUGAAGGUUGGAUAUGUGCCCUUGUUCACUUCGCCUCGAAACUCGCUUGACGGCCAGAAGUUCUUGGUGGAAAAGACAAACUGCAAGAUCUUCCUUACUACCGUUGAGACAAGAGCUCAAGUAGAGACCGUUCAAAAAGAGAUACCCCACCUCAAGGUCUUUCAAGCGCCGACGACGCUAGAGCUGCUUGAUUCAAGCUUGUCCGUGCCUCAGUAUGCCGGCCGACAGAGUCGCGAUGCUGCUGCACACAGUUUGAUUCUACAUACCUCAGGCUCGACAGGCCUUCCUAAACCGAUCCACCUGACUGUUGCAGCACUUAAUACGGUGCAUAACCAGGCCUUGUUGGCACCAGAAGAUGGGUUCCAGCAAUUUUGUAACCAUUUUAUUGCAGAUACCAGGCCUAUGCUCGCAGUUGUUCCCUUCUUUCACGCAAUGGGAAUCCUGGUCGGCCUACGAUCACUCAUGUGCAAUGGCACGAUUGUACGAUUGCCUUCAGAGAAGAUGCCUACUGCAGGUCUCAUUGUGGAAGCGAUCCAAUCAGUCAAGCCAACUUCAGGUGUCUUUCCGCCAUCCGUACUCGAGGAUAUAUCUGCGACUGGUGAAGGUGUGGAGGCCUUGGGGCGGUUAGAGAAAGUCUUCUUCGGUGGAGCACCACUCGCUGCUGCAAGUGGCGACAAGAUAUGUCAGGUGACAAGUCUACUGGCACUCAUUGGUAGCACUGAAGCUUUGUUCAUGUGUACGCUGUUACCAGCCGAACCCAAUGAAUGGGAUUACUUCCAUUGGAGUUCUGUAACGGGAACUGUUAUGGAGCCAGCGGAAGAUGAUCUGUGUGAGCUAGUACUGAAGCCCAAAGACAUGCGGUACCAGGCUAUCUUCCAUACAUUUCCCAAUCUCCAGGAAUGGCGGACCAAGGACCUCUUCAGACAACAUCCCUCUAAACCCUACCUGUGGAAAUACAUCGGACGACGAGAUGAUGUUAUUGUUCUUAGCAACGGCGAGAAAUUCAAUCCUAUCUUGACAGAAAAGUUGAUUGAAUCACACCCGUCAGUCAAGGGUGCUCUUGUGGUAGGACAAGGGAAGUUCCAAGCCGGUCUCCUGAUCGAACCUGAAUGGAGUCAGGCCAGCAGUCAAGAUCCGGAAUCUUUGGUGGACCAGAUCUGGCCCCUAGUCGAGCAAUCAAACCGAGAGGCGCCGGCUCAUGCGAGGAUCUACCAAUCGAAAAUUGCCAUUGCCAGUCAACAGAAGCCUUUCGUGCGCGCCGCCAAGGGUUCUAUCAUCCGGUUUCAAACAGUCAAAGCUUUCCAAGACGAGGUCGAGGCUCUCUAUAACGAUGAGGGGUCUUCAAGCGAUCAAAGCCAUAAUCCAGGCAAAGUUGUAGCGUUGACAAGCAAGAUCCAUGAGGUCAUGUCUCGCUCUCUUCCGUCUUUCCAGAAGGAUGUGCCCGAUGAUGUUGACAUUUUCAGCCUUGGUGUCGACUCUCUUGAUGUUCUUGCAUUGACAAAUGCGCUCAACAAAGCCAUCCGUGGUGCAAAUGUCACUGCAUCAACCGUCUACAAUAAUCCUUCUGUUGAACAAUUGGCUGGAACUAUCUCUAGUAACAUGAGCAAAUCUAGUGGGCAGCCAGUAGUUCUACUGACCCGCGAAGAGAAGAUGGCCAACAUGGUGAAAAAGUACACUCAAAACAUGGUUCGUCAGAAAGGCCUUGAGGCCAGACUAAAAUGCGCAGCACGGCAUACAGUAGUACUCACAGGCUCUACUGGUAGUCUUGGUAGCCACAUACUCGAGCAACUCCUCAAAAAUCCUGAUAUUGAGAAGGUGUACUGCAUGAACCGGUCCGACAAUGCGGAAUCUCGACAGCAAGACUCUUUCAACAGGCACCACCACGACUCAACCAACUUCGGCAAAGCAGAAUUCCUCAAAGCAGAUUUUGGUACUGAUCAGUUCGGCCUUUCUGACGAGAUGUAUACACGCCUUCUCGCCACUGUCACGAUGUUCAUACAUUCCGCGUGGUCUGUCGACUUCAACCUAUCCCUCGAAUCCUACGAAGCCACUCACAUCGCCGGCACACGACGCGCUAUCGACUUUGCCGCCGCAUGCACCCAUGACAUCUCUAUGAACUUCAUCUCUUCAAUUGCCAGUGUCGGAAAUUGGGGUUCCGUCGUACAAGACGAGUCCGCGGUGCCAGAAGCUGUAUCAUCGCUGUUCGACAAUACACUUACGCUCCCACAAGGUUACGGUGAGUCCAAGCAUGUCGCAGCCCAGAUUCUGGCCACCGCUUCACACCGACUGGGAAUCAGAACUGCGAUUAUACGGGCAGGCCAGCUUGCAGGUCCGAGUGUGGAGGCUGGUGGUGCCGCGUGGAACAGGCAUGAGUGGCUCCCGACGUUGGUCCAUACGAGCAAGAUCUUGCAGAAAUUACCGCGUACGCUGGGGAAUCAGAACCAUGUGGACUGGGUGCCGAUGGACGUUGCAGCGGGGGCCGUGAUUGAUAUAGCUGCUACCACAUCAACAUCUGAUGCGGCUCAAGUAUAUCAUCUCACGAAUCCGCGCACGACAUGUUGGACUCAACUGUAUCCUGUCAUUCAGGACUUUUACAAGGCCGCUAGUCUGGAUGUUGAGCUUGUGGAGUACGACGACUGGAUCGCUGAACUCAAGAAGAUUCCCCAAACUAAAGAAAACGCUGAGCGGGUUCCAGGUCUGAAGCUGCUGGACUUCUAUGAGAGCCUCAGUUCAAGAACCUGGACGGGACUUCCUCCUCUGGAGACGAAAAACUCGGAAGCUGCAAGUAAGUCUCUGAGAGAUGGGAAGGAAGUUGACGAAGAGGUUAUAAGGAAGUGGUUGGUCCAGUGGGCGUUUUAAACGCACAUGUCGGGCAUGUAUGGGCGAGGUAGACUGGCGUGAUCUGUCCUAGCUUCAUAUAAUGAAAAUUCUUGCACGUA